GCAAGUGUGGCGGCUUUGUAACGCGCCGCAAUAAUCAAAUGUUGGCCAAAACUGAGCAGAGCUCACAGCAGCCCUCUCGCCCAGAGUCCUUGAGCGAACGCCUACAGGAGCCAAUCGAACAAGCAACAUCAACAACAACAGAUACAGCAACAGCAACAGCAACUGCAUUUGUCUGCCCACGACUUUGCGCCCAACAGUCCUGCAGUCUCCUCUCUUGUGGCAGCUAUUUCGGAGUCCUCUUGCUACUGAUACUGUGUGCCAGCUAUAGCAGUGCACUGCCGCGUCGCGCGCUUGGCCGCCACCUGAUACUACCACACCGCCAUCACGUGCACCUGCGAUCAGCGGGGCAGGAGCACAAGAGCAUGGAUAACUUUCUGGAGUAUAAGAAGAAGCUCAACUGCACACUGAACAGGGCCAACUACAGUGCGAGCAAUUUGAAGCAUGCGCUCGAUGUGGUCAUUGGCACGCGGGCCUCUACCAUUGAUCUCUUGACCGCCUAUUUCAAUGCGACCGAGGAGGAGCUGGCGCGUUGCUAUCACUUACACCACUUGACCCUGGAAUAUCCGCUCAAGGAUGAGGUGAAUAACAGCCAGUACGACGGCCGGAGCAACAGGUCAUUGGAGGAGGAUGUGCUGGCCAUAUACCACUCGCUAGACAGAAUACGCUGGGUCCUGGUCAAUGUGACCAAUAGUCUCGAUACCAAAGACCGCAACAAUUACUUUCAAUACAUUGUGGAGAAGGCCGAGCACAAUAUUGAAAACGUCGAGGCCCUACUCAACUGCACGGGCGAAGGCGUUGGCCACAUUCGAUUCGAUCCCUUUCAGAAACAUCCACAUCCCGAGUAUGGCAUUGUCAAUGAGUUUGUCAAGCUGCUCCAUGUGCUGGAGGUGAAGUAUAGCUAUAUGCUGAGCCAGCAGGAGGCGGUGGAGGCGGCGGAGGCAGUGGAGGCGGUGGAGUGAGCACAGCUACG